GCAGAGGGGCUUCCACCUCACGCAGGAUGCAGCACUUCCUGACUCUGCUGAGGAAGCAUGAGGGCCCCUGCCCACCCCCUGCCGAGCUGGUGACCCUCGUAGGCAGGCUGUUCCGGGACCUCCAGGAUGACCUUGCCCAGGCGCAGCCUUUGGUCACGGCCGUUCUGGACAGCCAGCUCCGCCUGUACCUCCUGGACAAUGCAGACGUGGCCCUGGUGUGCGCCCGUGUCCUGGAGCAGCAGGAGCAGCAGCAGGCCGCUUGCCGGCUUCUGGAGGGGUGCCGGGUGCCAGGAGGCAGCCAGGAGCUGGUGCAGCUCUGGAACGACAUCCACUACCGUCUGGUCAUGAAGAGGCUGGGCGUGACCGUGCUGACCCCGGUGCAGAAGUUCCGCUGCAGGAAGAGGAACCCCCCACCCGCUUCGCUUUGCCCAGAGGGGCUGAAGAGCCGGAACUUCCCCAGAGAGGUUCGCCAGAAGCUGCAUGACUUUGCUUCAGGGGUUAGCGCCAACCCCAGCAAGGUCCAGAGGGAGAACUUGGCUUUGGAGACGAGCUUGACCACUGAGCAGGUGUACAACUGGUUUGCCAAUUACCGGCGGCGCCAAAGGGCCCUCACUCAGCACACGGAGCCAGCUCAGAAGGCCACGGCAGAAGACCCCAGUGUAAGACAGAGAUAUCCUGACCCCCUGCAGCCCUCAGGAGACCCCCACGUUGACUCUGGGUUUGUGGACAGGCCUCAGUGGUCAGAGGGACACGAGGAAAAUGGGCCCCCACAGUCUCCAGAGACCACCCAAGGGCCGUGGGAGCCGCUGGCCUUGGCCCCAGACUUUUCUGGAGAUGAGACAAUCUCGAAGCCACUGGCUUCCAGCAGCGUUCCCCAGAGCCCGCACCUGGAGGAGGUUCCAGGUACAAGCAGUGGACAGGCAGAGCCUCAGGCCCGCAGCUUCCUGGUGACACAGACCCCAUUGCCGGCUCCGGGAUUCAUCCUCACGCAGAGCCCUCCAGAGCUGGCCCCAGCCCCAGCCACCUUCACUGGCCCUGUGUCUGCCAUGGAGCUGAGCCGGCCUCUGCCCUCCAGCCAGGGGCAGUGGCCUGACGGCCAGGACUCCUGCGACGCCUUCUGGGGAGCAAGGAUGCUCCUUGAGUUUUCAGGGGGCAGCCUGGGCUGA